AAAGUAAUUACAAAAGUAAUUGUGAAAGUAAUUGUAAAAGUAAUUAUGAAAGUAAUUCUGAAAGUAAUUUUGAAAGUAAGGAAAGAGAAAUUCUGGUUAUUGACUUGGAUAAUCUAGUUUCUUAUUCACCUUUUGAUGAUUAUAAAGUUAUUAAUACUCAAUUG